AUGAAUAUCAAACUUUUAAUCGUUGCCUUGUUUGCAAUUUUCGCUCUCUCAACUUUUGUUGAUGCCACCACCAAGAAGAACUGUGCUUGUCUCUUUUCACAUGGUGAAGAAAGAUUGAUCUCUGUUCACAACUCACAAGAAUGUCAUACUGAAUGUCAAGCUUUGGCUGAUUCUGAAGUAUUGGCUGCUCCAUUACAAGUUCCAUGCAACGUUGCUACUUGCCAAUGUUCCUGUCCAAACAACCAAACCAUUGCUUGCUCUGCCUCUACCUCUUCCUCUUCAACUGGUCCAUCAACCUCUGGCAAGUCUUCCACCUCUGGUAAGUCUUCCACCUCUGGAAAGUCUUCAUCCUCUGGCAAAUCUUCCUCUUCAUCUGGUCCAUCUACCUCUGGUUCAUCCCAAUCAGGUUCCCAAUCAGGUUCGCAAUCAGGUUCGCAAUCAGGUUCCCAAUCAGGUUCGCAAUCAGGUUCACAAUCAGGUUCACCAAUCACCUCUGCUACCUCUGCCACCUCUGCCACCACCUCUGCUACCUCUGCCACUUCAGCCACCUCUGCUACCUCUGCCACUUCAGCUACCUCAUCCACCUCUGCCACCUCUGCCUCUGGCACCUCUGCUACCUCUGCUACCUCUGCUUCUGGUUCAGCCUCUGCUUCCAGUGGUUCCGGUUCAGGUUCAGGUUCAGGUUCAUCUGGAUCAGGUUCAGGUUCUGGAUCUGGAUCUGGAUCUGGUUUCGCCGCCAAGACCUGCCAAGGAAACAAGUGUAACUGCACCAAGUCCCUCAUCGCCUCUAGACUCAUUUAA